CUCAGAGUGGAUGUACACUUGCAUACGGACGUGUUGGCACUUCACGUAUUGUAAUCUGCAAGUCCCAACUCUACAUACCAAGCACUUUGACCGGGACAGCUCUCUGUGUGCGAGUGUGUGGUCCGUGCGUGUGAAUACAGGCUGUGAACCUAAUGUUAAAUGUUGUCGUCAAAAACAGCUGGAUGCUACUCGGCUAGCAAGCUUUAGCAGAGAGCAGCCUCUGCAGAGCGGGGAGGGUGGCAGAUCAAAUCCGCGCUGCAGGACUGGAAGGAUGGGCCACUGCAUGUGAUCGGUGAGGAUGAGGAGCCGCAGUAACUCAGGAGUGAGGCUGGAUGGAUAUGCCAGGCUGGUCCAAGAGACUAUCCUGUGCCAUCAGAACCCGGUGACAGGACUCCUGCCUGCUAGUGCCCAGAAGAAGGAUGCCUGGGUGAGGGAUAAUGUGUACAGCGUCCUGGCUGUGUGGGCGCUGGGCAUGGCCUACCGCAAGAACGCAGACCGCGAUGAAGACAAGGCCAAGGCCUACGAACUGGAGCAGAGCGUGGUGAAACUGAUGCAGGGGCUUCUACAGUGCAUGAUGAGGCAGGUGGAGAAGGUGGAGAAGUUCAAACACACCCAGAGUACAAAGGACUGCUUGCAUGCCAAAUAUGACACUCCCACCUGUGCCACAGUGGUCCUGGAUGACCAGUGGGGGCAUCUCCAGGUGGAUGCCACCUCGAUUUACCUGUUGAUGCUGGCGCAGAUGACAGCCUCAGGUCUGCGCAUCAUCUCAAACCUGGAUGAGGUCGCCUUUAUCCAAAACCUGGUCUUCUACAUAGAAGCUGCCUACAAAGUGGCGGAUUAUGGGAUGUGGGAGCGAGGUGACAAGACCAACCAGGGCAUCCCAGAGCUCAAUGGCAGCUCUGUAGGGAUGGCCAAGGCAGCUCUGGAGGCCAUAGAUGAGCUGGAUCUAUUCGGUGCCCAUGGAGGACCGAAGUCAGUCAUCCAUGUUUUGCCUGAUGAAGUGGAACACUGCCAGUCCAUCCUGUGCUCCAUGCUACCGAGAGCUUCAACCUCUAAGGAGAUAGACGCUGGUCUUCUGUCCGUCAUUUCCUUCCCCGCUUUUGCUGUUGAAGACGCUGACCUGGUGGCCAUCACUAAGUCAGAAAUCAUAGGCAAACUGCAGGGUCGCUUCGGCUGCUGCCGCUUCAUCAGGGAUGGAUAUCGUUGUCCUAAAGAGGACCCGUCUCGGCUGCACUACGACCCCGCGGAGCUCAAACUGUUUGAGAACAUCGAAUGUGAAUGGCCUGUGUUCUGGACUUAUCUCAUCCUGGACGGUAUCUUUGCUGAAGACCAAGUGCAGGUGCAGGAGUACCGUGAAGCACUGGAGGGCAUUUUGAUCAGAGGGAAGAACGGCAUCAAACUGGUGCCUGAACUUUAUUCUGUGCCACGUGACAAGGUGGAGGAGGAGUACAGCAAUCCUCACUCAGUGGACAGAGUGGCCAUGGGGCAGCUGCCGCACAUGUGGGGACAGUCGCUCUACAUCUUGGGCUGUCUUCUGGCCGAGGGGUUUUUAGCACCAGGAGAGAUAGAUCCUCUCAACAGGAGAUUCUCCACAAACUUCAAGCCGGAUGUUGUGGUACAAGUUUGCGUUCUAGCAGAGUCCGAGGAGAUCCAGGAGUUGUUAAGUGAUCAUGGGAUAACGGUCCAGACCAUGACGGAAGUUCUGCCUAUCAGGGUCAUGCCUGCUCGCAUCCUGAGCCACGUCUAUGUCAGACUGGGGAACUGCAAGAAACUGAAUUUGAGUGGGAGGCCCUACAGACACAUCGGAGUUCUGGGAACGUCCAAAUUCUACGAGAUCAGAAAUCGCUUCUAUAUAUUCACCCCCCAGUUUUUGGAUCAGCAUCAUUUCUACCUGGCACUGGACAACCAGAUGAUUGUGGAGAUGCUACGAACAGAGCUGGCCUAUCUCUCCUCUUGCUGGAGGAUGACAGGACGACCCACACUCACUUUCCCCAUCACCCGCAGCAUGCUGGUUGAAGAUGGAGAUGCGAUUGAUCCGUGUAUCCUAGCAACCCUAAGGAAACUACAGGAUGGCUAUUUUGCCGGAGCGAGGGUGCAGAUGUCAGACCUCUCCAGUUUCCAGACCACUUCAUUCCACACUCGUCUCAGCUUCCUGGAUGAAGAGAAUGAUGACAGCUUGCUCGAGGAUGAGGAUGAGGAUGAGGAGGAUAAUGACGACUAUGGGGAGGAAUAUAACAAAUUUGGGCGCUCAGAGGGCUCAAGAGACAUGUUUGACCAGUACCUCACGCAGCUCCUCCACAGCACCAACACCAAGAGCCACCUUCCUCCCAUCCAGGGGGGGCAGCACCAUGUCUUCAGUGCUGAACACACCACGAGAGACAUCCUGUCUCUCAUGGCCCAGGUCCAGGGCCUGAACAUGCCCAAGUACUCCAUGUAUCUCCCUGUGGCUCCUGUCAUGAACAAACACCGCAGAUCUCUCAACCUUCUUGAAGUUCCUCACCCUCAGCGUGGCCCACAGGCAAAGCAGCCCAAGCCCCACGGUGCCGCUGAUCUGCACCUGCCUCGAGACUCUCAGGGCAACACAGACUUUGCUGCGCUGGUGAGGCAGCUGAAGGAGUGUCCCACUCUGCAGGACCAGGCCGACAUCCUCUACGUCCUCUACGUAAUGAAAGGAGCUGAUUGGCCGGUGGAGUUGUCAGGCCCUGGUCAGGGCGGGGUCAGUGUGCGUUCACUGUUGGAGGAGCUGUAUGUACAAGCUGGAGCCUGCAAAGAGUGGGGACUCAUCAGAUACAUCUCUGGAAUACUACGCAAGAGAGUGGAGGUCCUCGCUGAGGCCUGCACUGAUCUUAUUUCCCAUCACAAGCAGCUGACUGUGGGUCUACCUCCUGAACCCAGGGAAAGAGUCAUCACAGUGCCACUUCCUCCCGAGGAGUUGAACACUCUCAUCUAUGAAGCCAGUGGUCAGGACAUCAGUAUAGCCGUACUCACUCAGGAAAUCAUGGUCUAUCUCGCCAUGUACGUGCGCUCCCAGCCUGCUCUGUUUGGGGACAUGCUCCGACUCAGGAUAGGACUCAUCAUGCAAGUGAUGGCCACUGAGCUGGCUCGUAGCCUGCACUGUUCUGGGGAGGAGGCAUCUGAGAGUUUGAUGAGCCUGAGUCCGUUCGGCAUGAAGAACCUCCUGCAUCACAUCCUCAGCGGCAAAGAAUUUGGGGUGGAGAGGAGUAUGCGCCCAAUCCAGUCAACAGCCACUAGUCCUGCCAUCUCCAUCCAUGAACUUGGCCACACCGGAGCCACUAAGACCGAACGCACAGGAAUACACAAACUAAAGAGUGAGAUAAAACAGCUGGAUGACUCUCGGCCUCUCAGUAUCUUCAGCGGUGGUCAUUCCUUGAGUAGCAAUGUCACUUCUCCUCGCUCCACGCGGUGCAGCAGCCCCUCCACCCCCAGUGGGAUCCUGUCCCCAGUGGGCCCUGGUCCUGGAGACGGACAGCUGCACUGGGAGGAGAGGCAAGGCCAGUGGCUGAGGAGACGCAGGCUGGACGGAGCUAUCAACAGAGUACCCAUGGGUUUCUACCAGAAGGUCUGGAAGAUCCUGCAAAAGUGCCACGGCCUGUCCAUCGAUGGAUAUGUGUUGCCUUCUUCUACCACAAGAGAGAUGACAGCGGGAGAGAUCAAGUUUGCAGUGCAGGUGGAGUCUGUCUUGAACCAUGUCCCUCAGCCAGAGUACCGGCAGCUGCUAGUGGAGACUGUGUUGGUUCUGGGCUUGGUGGCUGACGUGGACGUGGACAGCAUCGGUGGCAUUAUCCACGUGGACCGCAUCCUGCAUUUAGCCAAUGACCUCUUCUUCAAUGACCAGAAAUCCCACAGUGCCAGCGAUUAUUUCCUUGAGAAGGAUCCAGCGACGGGAAUCUGCAACUUUUUCUAUGAUAGCGCCCCGAGUGGCAGCUAUGGAACCAUGACCUAUCUGUCAAAGGCGGUGAUCACUUAUGUCCAGGACUUCCUGCCAAGCUCCAGCUGUCUGAUGCAGUGAAAAAGCAGACAAGUGUGUCUUGCUGCUCCUGUUCUCUGCUCCAAACACCUGAGGAGACACGUUAUAUAAGGAAAGGAUCGACUGGUCAGAGGCAGCAGCGCUUCUCAUUGUCAGCUCAUACAGUUCAUGUGGUGCUUGUAAGUAUUUCCUCAAUCAAUAAUCAAUAAACUCUGUAGCUCUCACACACUGAUAUAACAUCAUAGCCUCGGCAGCUGAUUGCAAACCACUAAGUAACAAUUCAUUUUUUUCCUUGUGGGUCUGGACUGUGAACUUAUUUAUUACUUGCUGUAAAACAUAUGUUUACAGGACUUACUAACAUGCAUCUUAUGUCAGCUGACAUUUGCAAAGAUAUAAGCACGUUUCAGUGUCCUUGGUGUUUGUGAGAAUAUUAUAUUAACAGGCUGUCUUAUAACUGAAUAUGUCAUACGCCCAGCAGUUAUCAGAGUAAACAUUUUGAUCAUUUGUGCACACAUUGUCCCACAAAUCAAUAAUUUAUACUUUUAUUUUCUUCCUCUAUUAACAUUUAGUUUGAUUUGUAUUUAGUAAUAUAAUAGAAUUAUUAUAUUGUAAUGGCUGAAGGAAACAUAAUAAGAUAUAAAUUAUAAAAACAAUUUGUAACCUCAAAUUACUUCAUUUCCCCCCUACAAAUGAAAAAUAUUACCUCUGAUAGCUCCCAGGCUUUUUAUAAUACAGUGCUGAUGGAGAUUAUUGUCCCUUUUUCACCUCCUCCUAUGUGCUAUGGUCUUGUUUUCAUAAUAACCUGUAGGGGAACAAUGAUCAUACUUUUCUCUAAAUACCAAGAUGAUUCUGUCUUUGUGUAUGUGUUGUGUGUUUUGUGCAAUGGUGAAGAUGAGGCCGUCUUUGUAUGAAUGUCACCCUGAGGUUAUGCUACUGAUAUGGCGAGUCAUCGUUUUGCAUGGACCUCAAACGUAUGGAAGGUUUGUUCAUUUGUGCAGAGUGAGGAUGAGUUUAUAUCUGGUGUGUAUGGGUAGGAGUCAGCUUUAAUACCUGUUUAUAGUAGUGUUUUAUAUACUGUAUAUACACGGUACAGUAUACAAUGGAUAUGUAAGGCUAGGUAUCGAUACAGUAACAGAGAGGUCCAGAGUAUGUUGAAUAAGGUCUCUGUAAGUCUGACAAGAGCGUUAUUCUGCUUAAAUGUGAAACAACUUUCAUCCCUGUGCUUUGAUGUUGAAAACAGCAGGAAACAUGUGUUAAUAUAUUUUAAUGCUAACUAAUUUACAUAAAACUAUUAAAAUAAAUACAGGUAUAUUUAAACAUAGAAUUAUUUUCCCUGUUAUUAUUAUACAUUAUGCAGAUUAUCUAUUUAACAUUGAAAGACCUGUUCAUUUAUUUUAACAAUGCAGUUGUGCCUCAUUUCCAUCAGAACAGUAUGUAUAUUAUGACAUUUUCAUAACCUGUUCAUACAAUAAUAAA